AUGGUUUACAAGUUUGAUAUCCAUGUUGUUCACCUCUCAGAACUAAAAAAGCACUGGUGGCAACUGGCUAUCCUGAGUCUUGGUCUCACGGCAGCAUUCAUUGGUAUUCUGUAUAUUGGGACCAAGUUGAUCCUCAAGGUCCGACGUCUUCUGAGAUUGAAGAGUUUGAAAGACACUUCGACACAACUUGCAUUGAAUGUUCGGACCUACUUUCAAACACUCAAUACGGUUCCAAUUGCUCCAUGUGUGUCCGAAAGGAGCAAGGUCCACAAUCCAACAUCAUUUCGAAUAUAUCUUGGAGCGCUCGAUGACCUGGCAUCUGGCAGUCAAUCGAGAAUACUUUCGGACUGGGAUCUAGUUAUACUUGAUCCGUUGCAACCUGGUGUCAAAAAUGCGAUAACUUCGACGCCUCGCAGCAGGCGGAUAGCGCUCUUUAUUCUUGGCAGGCUCGAUAUUGAGGCUCUGCUAGGCACAGCGCAGCAUGACUCUGAUAUUGAAGACUUCACGAUAUAUGCGUUGGACUGUAUCCUUGGUCUCGUCUCCACAUAUUUCCCUGUCCCGAACGAGAGAAACCAUGGCUUUACUGGCAUUGUUCUCGCGGGCUGGGAGAAUUUAUUUUCAGUCGCCACACUCCACGAACUCAGUAAGGAACUUUCCAAGAGAGCACUAGAUGUAUAUCUAGAGACAAAGCCGCCUCACUUCCUUAAUGAAGUCAAUGCUGUUGUCCAUAACUCAAUCGCUGGCUUAGUCAUCCGAAAUGGUCUUCUUUGGCCCAAUGGUGAAAGAAGAGACUGUUUUAAUAUGGAUGAAAUGCGCCCAACCAUCAAAGCUUUCAUGUCUCAGGAAAUUGUUCGAGAAUUUACAACAAUGAUGUGGGAAGAGCUUGACAAUAAUGCGGUUGUAUCAAUUUCUGUCCUAAAGAGAACCUAUUCCUGGUCUAGAUUUCACAAUACUCUGGCAUGGAUUGCUCCCAGCUAUGCACUUUUAGACGCAGAAGCCAUAGUUACACAACUAGAGCCUCUGAGUGCUUUCGAUUGGCUGAAGGAGAGUAGCGUCACCGAGCUUCAUGACCUCUGGAAAAACAAUCAAACUGUAUCCAGCGCAAGUUCCCAUAGACUAGUGUUUGGUCCUAUCAACACUCUCCUUCCAACUUUGCGCACUAUGUGGAAGGACAACACUUGCAACUUUUGUGAAAGCUCCGAGGCUACCUAUGAUCCAGAAUCGGAAUCACAUGAGCCGGAAUGGACUGGAUUAGAUUGCUUCAAGAAAACUGAUACCCUUUCUGUAUCAGAGACUGGGUUCAAUUAUGAUGGCAUGGGAUGCUUUCCCAUUGGCAUAAAUGUCACACUGGAAGAUUUUGUUCAGGUUGUCCAUUCUCAAAGACGACUACGAAAGCUUGGGUUACUUGAUGAGAUUGCCCCUAAUAUCCUCAAAGAAUUCGGUAUCCUUCUCGGAGAUUUUGUCCGAUCAAAACUUGUAGGGCAGUCCAUAAUUACUUCCCAAAUCCGAGAUACGAUCCUACAACUAUCGAGAAAUUUGACGGAAACGCUGGACCGCGGAAUAAACAAUGUCCGUGUUUACCAAGGUCUAGACACAGGUUUCCAUUCCGCUGGUGCUAAGCGAUUCUGGGGGGUUUACUAUAUUCGUGAGUCGCAUGGUACGGAGAUCUAUAUCUCGUCAAAGUCAGAGGACGUGAUUGGUACAAUACUUCAUACAUACCUGUCAAGUCGAUACUGUCCUCGUCGUCAGCGCUUCGAAGCUGAGUUUGCUCUUGCAGAUUGGUCAGGUACUCUAGCUCCAAGCCGACGAAGCACAAAGCAAGUCCAACAAGACAUUCGAUCAUUAACACCUUCCGAAAGCCUGAUUCUGCUACAAAAGCUUGCCCUUUACGACUUAUCACUGAAUAGUUCUCUGGUGAUAGGAGUACAAGACGAAGUGGAAGCGCAGCUCAUCAAGCAACCCUCAAAAACCCAGCUAAAGAGCAUCGGCACAGUCGACUAUCUCAACGGAUCUGUUGAUGCAAAGGGCCUUAUUUUUUCUCGGAUAGCUAGUCAUUGCCAGCAUGGUCUGCGACACCCAAGUCAACCUGCUAGCCUGCAACUAUUUUCCGAUGUAGAAGAAGCAAUUCAGCAGAUCCUCAGAGACAGAAGAAUAUCGGACCUUGAAUCCAUACUUAUGACCCUACGGCAAUCAAUGAAAUACUCGUGCGCUGAUACUGUGACGGAUAUUCUGGCACUAGCCGUAUUCUGUGUCAUGCGAAAGUUGGCCUUUGAGGAGGUGUACAUUGAGGUGACUGACAGAAACCCUCUUUUCAACGAUCAAUCAGAUCAAGGAGCCGCGUUUGCGGAACUAUUUGCCCUAGGUUCGCGUUGCGAGGUGUAUUUCGAUAUGUCCCCGAGCGCAUUUGGAAAGCUUCUUCUGUUGAAAUUUCGAGAGCAAUACAACAAUCCCCUACGCCAACCACCUCUCUUUAAAGAAACAUCUAUGGCACUGCAAACAGCAUACUCUGAGCCGCAAAUGGAUAUCGCGCCAAUCUCUACGUCCAUGAAAAUGCCGUCCUAUCAGCGUUUUACGUUUAUGGGUGUCUUUGCUAUCCCUGCUCUAAUAGAUGUGCUCCUUUUGACAACUACGAAACAUGGUCUCUUUCUUAGUGGUAAAAUGAGUGAAGCCGAGCAAAAAUACGCUACCAUUGCAUUUAUGCUGUCGUUACCUCUUUCUGGAGCUAUUGGGACUUGGAUUGCUUGUGGUGGAACCUAUUACCUUGCGUCCAUGGCAUUUUCAGCAAUGAAUUAUCUUGUGGUCACACGCCUUUUAGGAGGCUUGGUAUUCCUGGUCUCCGCCGCCACAAUUGGCUUCGUUGCAGUCAGCUGCGUCACUGGCGUCCAACCUGCCUUGAUUUUCUUCCUCUACCUUAUCGCUUUGACAGCGUAUCUAUCAUUAUUAGCUGCUCUUGCUAAUUACAAUCUUAAUGGCUCGUCAUUUCAAUCCGGUCGUAAAAUUAUCCUGUUGUGCAUUCCAGUUAUGUUCCUCUCUCCUGUUAUGACAAUAUUAAUUCCAGGAUAUGACUCUGAAGUUUACCUAGCUGUGCUUUACGUUUUCAUUACAAUGUUACUGCUAGGAACUCGACAUAUUGGAUCCCUCUGGACUACGUGGUUUCAAAAAAUUGAAAUAAUCGACGACAAAGCGCUAAAAGACUGGUAUCUUGAACGAAAGAUAAUGAGUGAGGAUAGAACUCCUCAGAUACUCUCAGAACAUGCCCUCUUAAAACAGGCCCAGCAAGAUAUGCUGCGUGAAGUUAUGGAGGCUCUCCCUAGCCUUUUCAACUUUAGAACUACGAAAGAUCCCAUGGUCCUGAAGCUUGCAGAAUGCUAUGAGGCAACGUCAUUCAUGAUGGACUGGUACUCUCUUUCUACGGGCCUGCCCACGCCAAUUCCAUUCAGUUCAACAUGGAAUAUUCAAUCCAAGGUCGCCCUGAAACAACUCGUGGAAUCGCAGCGAGGUAUCCGAUUUCAUAAUUGCUUCCUCCACUGGCGUCAGGCAGGAGAUGAGAUCGGCUGUACAGUUCUAUACUUUAUCGUUGCGCUGCUAGAUAAAUGGAUUGCGCUCCUUGGCGGAAAACAGUCCAUCAGCGGUCAGAAGGGUGGUAUACUCCUUGGCUUGACAUCAAAUAAUCCCGAGUUUGGUCAUGCCGUUGGAUUUGGCCUCGCCUACUACCUUAUCGGAGCCGUCCUCCUAGAUUAUAAUGCUCAAAAGCUCCACGAACUCGCAACCAAAUGCAAACAAGAGAUUGUCGCAAACGACGAUUGCCUUUUGCAUGCGACCAGAGAAGUGGCUCGCGAGCGCAGUGCUCUUUAUUGGAAGACUUUGCGACUAUAUUUGCUCCUCGACGUUUGGAGCUUGGCCAUCACAUCAGCGAUGAUGUUGUUGUUUAGUUAUACCAAGGAUGCCAUUAUUUUGUUUCUUGCUUAUGUUUUCAGCUAUACCGGACUGUUGUGGUACCAGUAUACGAAAACAUUUACAGGCCCUCACGCACUAAAACCUCUCUUAAUUAGCGCAUCCUUGGGUCUAAUAGUAGGCUUCGUCUUAAGAUCCAUUUUUCCAAAUUUCAUAUACAGCGACGUGGUUGCACUUGGAUUUGCAACAUGGUUAGUUGCUAUUCUAUGUCUAUGGGCUGUCAGAAUUGUUGGAAGGUCCUUGGAUGAGCCUAUAAGACUGCCUAAUACUGGUUACCAUGUCCUGUACAACCCAGGCCCAGAUGCAUCUUGGUCGCAAAGCGAGCUCCGGCUGAAUUAUGAUUUACUCCGGUCUCUUCCCGACGAUAAGCAUCCUCUUCUUGAUCCUAAGUCAUAUCAAGGACAGCAGAUCCAGUUGAUACUGUCAUCAGCUUCUCGGGAGAAGCUCUCUGAUCUUGCUGGACUUGCAUUCCCUUCUGCUGGGAAGCUUUUUGAAAACAGUCUUAGGGCCUUCCAAGACCAAAAAGUUGUUGUCGAGCUUGUUUCUAUGAAGUACCUUAAUGAAGAAGGACACUCCACCAGAGCUAUAAGCUAUGCCACUGACGACCUUAUGCGCGUUCUUGUUGACUGCGACCCUGUGGCUCUCUCCUCAAAGCAACAACUAUCACAGCACUGCCUCUACAAUGUUGCGGAGAUAAUUUUACACUCUGUCGCUGAGAGCUUCCUCGAUUACAGUCACAGCCAUGCCUGCCUAUCAGAAAACCUCUUGAAGAGCACAGUUGACCCCGAAAUGCGGAUGCCGCAUAUUUUUAGGUGUCAAGCAGAGUGUUGUUCCAAUGUUAACGAUGAGACGUUUGCACUGGGUACUUAUUACAAGCAAGAGAUGUUACAAAACCUGUGUCUAGGAUUCGCCCCCGAUCUCACAUGGGACAGUCUACCGGAACAGAUCAGGAAUCAUCUCAUUCAGCGCUGCAUUGGGCAAACAAGCUCCCUAACAGAGGCCAGCAAGAAAUGCGUCCAGUCACUUUUAAACGAGGGCGAUUUCAACACCCACCUUGCACGCUGUGAUUACGGUGCCAAUAUGUCGGCGCUGUUCUACGGUGACACCAAGAUAUCCCCAACCAGAGCUAUAAUGAGUUCAACUUCCUCAUUAGCGCAUGAGGAAGUGAAGAAAUACUUGCCCACUCCGUUGUCUCGGUCAAUGAUGUCCAUGCCACGCCGGACUGCUAGUUAUAUUUGGCACAAGAUUGGAACAAUGGCAAAAUUCUUUGCCGUCGCAUUUGUCGCAGAUGCCGAAUACCAACGCGAACUCAAUUGCAGUUUGGAUAAAAAUCCCAAGGUUGUAGUCGAAAUAUUCCACAACCGGAAGAAUGUUGCCACCCUAUGGAAGAGCAUUCAAGGGAGGAAGAUCAGUUUCAAACGGAAGCAUAUCGACAUCUAUGUUUCGGAUGGUCAAUACACUGCAUUUAUUCAUCACAAUCGUGACGGCUCGUUUAAUCUCUACCAAUAUCGAGGUGAGCAUAGCAGCGAACCCAAGUCUCAAGACAAGUUAUCUUACGUCAACACCUAUUCCGAGAAAACUUUACUCUUGCGGCGAGAAGAACUCCGCGGCGGGGAGACUGUCAAUAUUGCAGACUAUGACUACUGCAAUCUGGGUGAAGGAGGUAGGACGAGACUUUCUCGAUCCACAGGCCCAUCUGCCCUGCCCAUCACUCGGAGGGUUAUUGCUGGUCAGGAUCAAUUCCAGCUCAUGCAUUAUAAUCGAAAGGGAUUAAUCGAGUCCGGUUCAUAUAUCAAGGAUGGCAAUCUUGUUCGGUUUCAGUACCACUACGGCAAGGUCGCGAAACUUGACGGCGAGUUGUUGAGAGCAGAAUUCGUCCUCCCUCAUAUGAGCUGCACCGUAUCUUGGUGCGCCACAUCUCCUCACCACUCAGAUAAGCUUGAUAAAUGGAUAUCGAGUUCGGAAGUGACCGAGUCCACCUUUGUUCUCGGCACAGAUGUCUGGGAGAGCAAAUACACCUACGACCACAAAUGUCACCCAACUAUCGCGACCACCUUGAACGGAGAACCUGAGGACACCCCACCGCUGAUCAAGUACGACUACUUGGAUAUCCUCAAGAAGCCCAAAAAUAUCUCCUUCCUCGACGAUAACCCUCUAUACUCCUUCACUACUGUCCGCCCCAAUCCAGUUGCUCGAUGGUUGGGACUUUGUACUCGGCAGUAUCCCUUCUGGACAUCUCAAUCCAGGUAUUUGCUUUGGAAAGCAUGGAAGAAUGAUCAUGAUUAUGAUGGAGUUGUGGUAAGAUGGAUGGACGAGCAAUUGUUGCGCCGUGAUAAUGUUCUGAAGCCAUACUGGAGAAGGAGGGAUUGGGGUAAUCUAUCGUCGGCAGAAAGAUACCUACAGCAGAAUGGUGACGCUGUAAUGGCAAAAAUUGACCUAGACAUGACGAUAUCUAGCUGGACCCCGCUCGCUAUUACGAUGAACGAUCUUCUGACCUUUGGACCUGGAGGCGACGCCUCUGCUCGCACGAGGUCUAAACUUGUCUGCCAGGAAGAUGAAGAUGAUGGUGCUUUACACGUCAUUGCUGUUGACACCGGGACAUGGCCCAAUGAGGGUGGAGGAGUGUCUGCCUGUCGCCGCGACCUCAUUAACAACCUUACGAGUAUCAAAUGGCACAUGGUUGCAGAAUCUGCUAAUGAUUUCGGUCUUCCCAAGCACCAAAUUGAGAGGAAUGUACAUUCAUUAAAGGUAAUAGCGCUAUGGGGCCUCGAUUUGAUGAACCCCACUCACGGUCUGUUCCAAAAUCGCUUGGAUUCCGAGAUCGAGCAUAUCUCACGCUGCGAAGAUCUCGAGGAUGUCAAGAACGGCUUCAUUCCUAUUCUAGCAGCUCUAGUAUAUGGCGCCAGGUCUCUCAACUUUGAAGAAAGCGGCAUCAAGCAGCUAACGCGUGCGCUCUUAAGUCUCAACGCCUACUUUGGAGAGGGCAGGCAUCAUUGGGGCAUUGUCUGGAACAGCAAGUUUGUCAAAAAUGCAUGGAGGCGACUCUGGCUUUCUAAACACUCUGAUAAUGCCCGUCCGUGCUCUGCCUGGCUUGCUACCGAGUUACCAACACUGGCACAGUUGGACCAGGGCCUCGAGCUAUGGUCCCGGUAUCUCUUCAUCUUCUCCAUUCCAGUUCCGGAGAAGAUGCCAGACGUGUUCCAGGCCUCGCACCACAGCGUCAGCGCCUCAUAUGGCAUCGUCUGCAAGGUUAAGCGACAGUGCAUCUUACAGAUUUGGGACCAUGCCAUUAGCUGGCGGGAAACCAACCUGUAUCUAUCUUCAGCUCUGUGUCCACUAGCGCCUUUUGUGAGGAACUCGCUAUUGGGCCUUUUGCGUAUGACCUCUGUGCUUACUCUACACCAUGCGGAUACAAUCUUGCCGUGCGCGGACAUCUUCAAUCCUAGCUGGGAAGUUGAAAUCGGGACAUGCGAAGGAAGAAUUGAACAUCGCAAUGCUUUCAGAAGGAAGGUCGACCCAGUGGUUAAUGGCAUUACGGAUACGCGGCGGUUCAUCCCUGUAGAAAUCAAGACCAAGACUCCAACAAUCACCAUGCUGUCUCAUGUCUGGUAUGCCAAAGAUAUCAAGACUGCAAUACUUGCUGCAGACAUCAUCGUCAAUGAAUGGGGUUUCAAGGAUUAUCAGCUCGAUGUAUAUGGGGCUCUCGAUAAGGCACCCGCAUAUAGCACUAAUUGCCUAGAGAUGAUCUCUACCAAGUCACUACGGCGGAAUGUUGCUUUGCGAGGGGAAGCAGAUCCGAUUGCUGUUCUCGAGCAGACUUGGCUCUUCCUCAACUCGUCUGUUUCCGAAGGUUUGCCCCUCGCCCUUGGCGAAGCGGCACUCACGGGCGCACCCAUUGUCUGUACGGAUGUCGGCGCUUCCCGUCGUGUCCUAACAGAUCCGCAAACCAACGAGUGUUACAGCGCCAUCGUAGCACCAAACGAUGCACGCGCCUUGGCAAUAGCGCAGAUCCACUUACUCGCCAUGAUGGGUGAAUGGCAUUCCCACUCGGACAAACCAGAGACACAACGUUCAUAUACAAGUUCUCAUUCGUCACUACCGGACAGCAGCUUAGGAUUUGACACUUCAAGUUCGAGCAGGCUUAAUAAUUCCACUACUUCACUUGUCGAAAAAGCCUUGACUUCGCUUCCGGAAAACCCUACGAGGGAAGAUGUGGAAAUCAUAACAAGACGCAUGUAUGAACAAACACCUGCUCGCAAAAGGCUUGGAAUGCGUGGUAGGGACAUUGUGCAAAAAAGCUUUUGCGGGGAGCGGUACCUCCGAGAGCAUGAACAAAUGCUUUGGAUCGGCAAAGGAAUGAAGGAUAUGCGCCAGCUAGAGGUUGUUGCAGAGUCACCUAUAGAGAGUGCUGACAUGGGCUAUCGGUUCAGGGCAACAAAUACUACGAUGGAUGCUAUUUCGCGCACGAGCCAGACGCAGUCUUCAACUCCACUAAGCUCAAGGCUAACAUCGUCUAGAAGCACAGGCAUAACACAACUAACUUCGGGUAGCACGGAUAUAACGAGUGUGUUAACAGAUAGUGUACAGACUAUAGUAAAGUUGCCUACAAAAACGG